UUGAACGCGCGCAGAGUAUUGUUGGUAAAACAAACUUGCGUUACGUCAUGAAUAGGGAAUUAAUUCGAUUAUCGUUAAUUGACCGAGGCAAUUGGUUAAUGAUCAAUUAAGUCUCCCUCGUCUUUAAAGAAAGGGUCAAAGUUAUCACAUCUUGGCAAAAAAUCACCGACUAAGAUGCCUGACAAGAAAGUCAAGCUUCACUUUGUUGAAAACUUUGCCCUUAGUGGUGCUGCAGCUAUCAUCUCCAAAACCGCAGCUGCUCCUAUCGAGCGCGUAAAGCUGUUAGUCCAGAAUCAAGAUGAGAUGAUCAAAGCUGGUCGAUUGACAACGCCCUACAAAGGAGUGGUUGACUGCACCACAAGAACAUUUCAGUCCGAGGGAUUUGCCUCAUUUUGGAGAGGCUGGUGCCAUGUCCUUGACGUUUGUCUACUCACUGGAUUAUGCACGAACGCGAUUGGCUAAUGAUGCAAAAUCAUCCGGCAAAGGAGGAGGMGAAAGACAGUUCAAUGGCUUGAUUGACGUGUACACUAAGACUCUGAAGAGUGAUGGUAUUGUCGGUCUGUACCGUGGUUUUGUCAUCUCCUGUGUUGGCAUUAUUGUAUACAGAGGAUUCUACUUUGGCUUAUAUGACACCUUAAAGCCUCUGUUGCUUGGAGAUGAUGCCAGCGUCGUCACGUCAUUCAUCCUUGGAUACGCCGUUACAGUUUCAUCAGGACUHGCAUCAUAUCCAAUUGACACCAUCAGAAGACGAAUGAUGAUGACAUCUGGUGAAGCAGUCAAGUACAAGGGAUCCAUUGAUUGCACCCUACAGAUCCUCAAAAAUGAAGGCUUCAUGUCCUUGAUGAAAGGUGCAGGAGCAAACAUCCUUCGUGGAAUGGCUGGAGCUGGUGUGUUGGCCGGCUUUGACAAGUUCAAAGAGAUUUACAUCUACAUGAGGUCAACCGACUAAAGGACUGUAUCAUUUGUUCAACCGUUUGCAUUGAAACAGCAGGAUGAAAUAUUUGUUUAUUCAUUUUUUAUGAAUCAUUGAAUAAAUGUAAUGACAUCAAUAAAAGCGUUUGACCC